AUGGCUCAAGAAUGUUCUUUCACUAUGGAGGAUCUACAGUGUCCUGUGUGCUGUGAGGUUUUCGAUAUCCCCGUCAUACUGAGUUGCAAACAUAGCUUCUGCAAAACCUGCAUUCAGACACACUGGGACCGUAUGGGAACACGGCAAUGUCCUCUGUGCCGCCGAACAGAGCGCUCAUCCAGGCCUCCAAUCAAUUUGGCUCUAAAGUUAGCCUCGGAUGUCUUCAAAAAGAAGCCGGAGCAGUUCAUGGCAAAAUCGGUGGAACGUUGCUCAAGACACAAUGAGCAAUUUAAGCUUUUUUGUCGGAAAGAUGCAGAACUUAUCUGCAUUGCUUGCACGUCAUCAAGGAGUCACAAAAAUCAUGAGUACUGCCCGAUAGCUGAGGCAGCAUCAGACAUAAUGAAAGAGCUCACAAAUAGGUACAAUCCUUUGAAAAAACAACUAACCACCUUUGAAAAAUUAAAGGAGAGCUUGGUGGAACUGGAAACAUACAUACAGAAACAAGUUGCCGAAAUUGCUGCAGAAGUAAAACAAGAGUAUGAAAAGUUACAUACAAUCCUGAGGGAGGAGGAGGCAGCUCGACUCAUUGUACUUCAAAAUGAGAGAGAGAAUAAGACCGCGAUGGUGAGAGAGAAACUGGAGGAGGUCAAUAAGAGCAUCGAAGAGCUUUCUGGCAUCAUCAGAUACAUAGAACCCAUCAUAAUAGCGGAUGAUCUGACAUUUCUAAAGGAAUGUAAGGAGGCAAUAAAACGGACUAACGUUAGCUACACUGCUCAUGAAACAGAAUAUCCAAAAAAGGCACUUAUAGAUGUGCUACAGUACCUUGGAUCAUUAAAGCAUGGGGCCUGGAAAAGAAUGGAAAGAGAUGUACACCACUCCUCUGUCAAUUUCGAUCCAACUUGAUCAUCAAAGAUGAACUCACCACCAUCGGCUAUGGGAAAAAACAGCAGCUUCCUGAUAACCCUGAACGCUGCACAAGCCGCAUGGCAGUACUCGCUGCUAACGGCUUUAAUUCAGGAAAGCAGCGCUGGCAUGUA